CAGAUAUAGUGAAUGCAGGGUCCGGGGAGACCAGAUAUAGUGAAUGCAGGGUCCUGGGAGACCAGAUAUAGUGAAUGCAGGGUCCGGGGAGACCAGAUAUAGUGAAUGCAGGGGUCCGGGGAGACCAGAUAUAGUGAAUGCAGGGUCCGGGGAGACCAGAUAUAGUGAAUGCAUGGUCUGGGGAGACCAGAUAUAGUGAAUGCAGGGUCCGGGGAGACCAGAUAUAGUGAAUGCAGGGUCCGGGGAGACCAGAUAUAGUGAAUGCAGGGUCCGGGGAGACCAGAUAUAGUGAAUGCAGGGCCC